GUAUCUUUCCGUCUCAGUCCCUUUGAGAAGAAAGUUAUCAACUGUCCCUCCGGUAAACAUAAACCAAGUAAUCAUGUACUUGAGGGUGGUCUAUUUCAUUGACCAAACAUUGUGGUGUCACAAAUUCAAAAUAAAAACUGUGACAUUGCUUAUUUGACGGAAGUUGUGUUUCGAACAAAGACUUGUACAUCAAUCUGACACGGUUCAUGCUUAAGAGUUAAGUCAAGCAUACUGGUAUAUAAUAUGAAUAAAGCAGUGCUUGUGUAGAAGCUAGAGACGCCUAUAUACAAGCCUAGCAAUCCCAAACAUUAGAUUUCCUUUCUGAACAUCGUACUCUGUCGCACUCCGAGAUGAAUGAGUUGUGCUGCUCAGGUGUUGAAUAGUCCCCAGAAAGAUUCCUAUUGAAACUUUGAAAGCAAAACAACAAAAUGAAGAGGGAAUAGAUCAUCAGAAGCAUGAUGGGUUUGUUCUGUUUUUUGGUUCUGCUUCUCUUUCACUCUCUAAAUUUCACUUCAGCUGCUUCUAAUGAGGAUGUGGUGAAGAAGCUUUUGUUGCAGUUCAAGCAAUCCUCUGUUCAAUCUGACCCUCAUGGUUUCUUAUCUGACUGGAAAUCUGAUUCUUCAACUGCCCUUUGUUCAUGGAAAGGCCUGACUUGCUCUGAAGGCCACGUCAUCACCCUCGACCUCUCCUAUUCUGGUCUCAUUGGAAGUCUUCACCUUCCAACUCUCACAGCCUUGCCAAGUCUUCAAAAUCUGUACUUGCAAGGCAAUUCAUUCUCUGCUUCUGAUCUUUCAGUUUCCAACAUUACCACAUGUAGCCUUGUAACAGUUGACUUGUCCUCCAACAACAUCACAAGCCCUCUUCCGGUUCGGUCUUUUCUCGACGGUUGUGAGCAUCUGGCUUUGGUCAACCUCUCUGGCAAUUCAAUCCCAGGAGGGAGUUUCAGCUUUGGUGCUUCCUUGCUUCAGCUUGACAUCUCUAGAAACCUGAUUUCGGAUUCAUCCUUGUUGACUUGCCAGAAUCUGAAUCUGCUCAAUGUUUCCGGUAACAAGCUGACCGGAAAACUGAGUGGUUCUAUCUUGUCUUGCAAGAAUCUGACAACACUUGACCUUUCAUACAAUGCUUUAUCUGGGGAGAUACCCAACACUUUCCUGGAAAGCGGCUCUGCAUCUCUCAAGUAUUUGGAUCUCUCAAGCAACAAUUUCACUGGAAAGUUUGCAAGCCUUGAUUUCGUGCAGUGUAGCAGCCUCACGUUGCUGAAGCUAUCACACAAUAAUCUCUAUGGGGAUGAGUUUCCUUCAAGCCUUGCUCACUGUCAAGCUUUGGAGACACUGAACCUGACUAGUAAUAUGUUGCAGGACAAAAUUCCGGGUGCUUUGUUGGGAAAUCUCAAGAAGUUGAGGCAACUCUUUCUGGGUCGCAAUCAGUUUUCGGGUGAAAUUCCAGCCGAAUUAGGAAAGGCUUGUGGGACACUUGAGGAGCUUGAUAUUUCUGAUAACAUUCUUACUGGUGAAUUGCCUUCAAGUUUUGUGUCGUGCUCUUCUUUGGUUAGUCUCAAUCUUGGUCGCAAUCAGCUCUCAGGAAAUUUCCUCAGUACUGUUGUGAGUAAGCUUCCGAGUUUGACAUAUCUCUAUGUACCCUUCAACAACAUCACUGGUCCUGUGCCACCAUCUAUUACCAAUGGUACUCGGCUUCAAGUGCUCGAUCUCAGCGCUAAUCUCUUCACAGGGAAUGUUCCUUCAGUGUUUUGCUUCUCCAAUGCUCCCUCAGCUUUGGAAAAGAUACUUCUAGCCAACAAUUUUCUCUCCGGGACUGUGCCAUCGGAACUUGGAAACUGCAAGAGCCUGAAGGCUAUUGAUCUGAGUUUCAACAGUUUGAGUGGUGCAAUUCCUUUAGAAGUUUGGACCUUGCCAAAUCUUUCCGACUUGGUUAUGUGGGCAAACAAUCUCACUGGUGAAAUCCCGGAAGGCAUUUGCAUCAAUGGAGGAAACCUAGAAACCCUGAUUCUCAAUAAUAAUCUCAUUACUGGAGCCAUUCCACAGUCCAUUGGCAGAUGCACCAAUAUGAUUUGGGUGUCACUAUCUAGCAACCGGCUUACAGGAGCAAUCCCUUCAGGUAUUGGAAAUCUUCUUAAGCUUGCUAUACUCCAGUUGGGUAAUAAUUCAUUGUCUGGUCAGAUUCCAGCUGAGCUUGGCAAGUGUCAAAGCCUCAUUUGGCUUGACCUGAACAGCAAUGACCUAUAUGGUUCUAUCCCAUCAGAGCUUGCUAACCAGGCCGGCCUAGUCAAUCCUGGAAUAGUUUCUGGGAAGCAGUUUGCAUUUGUUAGAAAUGAGGGUGGUACAGCUUGCAGGGGUGCAGGAGGACUAGUUGAGUUUGUGGGAGUCCGACCUCAGAGACUCGAAAGUUUACCUAUGAUUCAUUCUUGCCCAUCAACUAGAAUUUACACAGGAAUGACAGUUUACACAUUCACCAGCAAUGGAAGCAUGAUCUUCCUUGACAUUUCCUACAAUUCCUUGUCCGGGACUAUUCCUGAAAACUUAGGUACACUGUCAUAUUUGCAAGUCUUCAAUCUAGGACACAAUAUGUUAAGUGGAAAUAUUCCAGAAAGCUUUGGCGGAUUAAAAGCAGUUGGAGUCCUGGAUCUCUCUCACAAUAAUCUUCAAGGUUAUUGA